UGUUUUAAAGAGACAGGAGACUUUUCUGGGCGAGGGCUUUCGGGCUGGCACCAGAAAACAGCCGAGGACAAGGCCUGCCUACUGAGCUGGCGACGGGACGGAAGAAAGAGCGGACACAGGCAGAUCCGCUGUCGAGUCCGUACUCGGUGCUCCUUCUUCAUCGACCAGAAACUUGUCUGCCUGGUAGAGUCUUAAGGUAGUUUGUCAUCGACGUGGUUGGGUCUGCGAUCAGUCUGGGCUGAUCAAACUCUUUCUGCAGAUCUGCUGAGAAUGUUGGCCUGCUAACAGCCUGUCUUUGCCAUUCUUCUUCACAUAUCUUACCUAGAGAGGGGUGAUGACCUCUUGGUGACCCUGGCCUGGUUCGGUUUCAGAACAGUGGACAGGCUGAGGGGAGGGGCAGAGAGACCUCCACUCCAUGCAGAUUGCAGACGCUCUCAGCUUCUCUGCAGAAGGUUUCCCCACCACCCCACUGCCAGGGUCUGAGUGAAGAGGAAGAGAAGAGUGUUGCAGAGAGGGCAGUGAGUCUGGAAUGCCUUGCUCAAGAUGCAGCCGCUGAGCAACCAGCCUGUCGCAGGAGCCCAGGAAGGACAUGAUUGGCCACUGGCCUUGUCUGGGCGGAGUUUCAGGAAAAACAUCACCCAUUCAUUGGUUCAUUCUGCAAGAGUUCUUCCAUUUCACUGACACUCUGCCCCUUGGCCUUUGCUCUCUGCCUGAGUGGGAAUGCUGUUGUCGGAUCAGAGGGGCAGUGUUGGAGAUGCCCAAACUCAGGUUCUAGGGUCGGGGUCAAAGGGCAGGAGUCAACAGCGUGAGGUUAGCAGGUGGAUGCGGGUGACUGUAGAUGUAGCUGAGCAAGACCAGUCACGCAUGUUUUGCGAUGCGAUGCAAGGCAAGUCUUAGAUAAGACUUCUGGGAUCUAAAGUCAGCUCGAGAACCUCUUUUCCACCGUUGGCGUCUUUAUCUAAGGAAAACCUUUUCUAGAACUUUUAGUUUGUUUUUAGUUUGUUUCAGUACUGCACAGCUUCUUUUCAACACAAUCAGUUGGCGAGUGAUUUCUCACCAUGCGUCACAUCCACGUGGAGCUAGUGCGGAAGGACGCAGCCCAGACCCAGACAAACCCCGACGCUGGGCUGCAGCGUGUCGGCUCCAGGCCCUUCAGCCAGGAGGAGCUGAGAGUUCAUAAGGCCUACCAGCUGGCCAUCCUGUCUCGCCGAGGGGGUGCGGCUGAGGGCCGCGGGCCACAGAGAGCAGCCGUGAAACGUGGCCCGGACGACACGCUGAGCCCCGUUGCCCUGAAGCGCCCCCUACAGGACGACGAGGAUGAAGAUGAGGAUGAGGAGGAGGAGGAUGAGGAGGAGCAGCAGCAACAGCGGGGUAGGGGCGAUGAAGAUUGCAGGUCUGGGACAGAUCUGCCAUCCUCCUGUUUGCCGGCGGAGCACAGAGACCCGGAGGUGCUCCGGUCCCCGCCCCGGUCUCCGCCUCUCUCGCCCACCCACUCCACAGGACCCGGCGGUCCGGCGGGCCGGGCCCCCGCGCCCCGGCGUAGACCCGCCCAGCAUGGCCACGACCACCCCAUCCUUGAUGCCUUUGCCCCGCUCUCCCCAAAAUCACCUCCUAUGGUAGACCCCCAGGCCCCCCACUCUCCCUGGGGCAGGUGCGAAGGCAGCCCUCCCGCCUCCCAGACCGGGGCCUCUGUGGUCGGGGAUGAACCCCCCUGUUCUGGGGCGGGGAAAAGGGAUGAGCACGGGGGGGGUAUGGGCAUCUCUGUGGAGGUAGUGGGCACCUCCUGCACAGCGGAGCCCCUGGAGCACCUACACCUCCUGUGCCCUCCGCUCACCCCAGACGAGGCGGCGGAGUUGGGGGCGGGCCUCGAGACAUCCCCACCCCCUCCGGACAGGAAGAGCCAGACCCCCGGUGCCUCCUGGUCCUGUGGGCUAAGCGCAUUGGAGAAGAGCCUGUUGGAGGGGCGUGGCAUGGCCUCAACCCUGCCCACACCCUGCGCGGUCAGGAAGAAGCUUCUGACGUCCAGCGAGGCCGGGGAGUCGUGCUCUGAGGACGAGGGCCCAUCCACGUCCAAGCGCAGCCGACUGGCCCUGCUCACGCCCGGCCUGGGGCUGGCCGCCGGCCGUAGCACCGACUCCAAGGCUGCCCCCUACUGGACGCACCUGCUGCCUGCAGCACGAGAGCAGGGCAAGAGCUCCGUGGAAGGCUCUCGAUCAUCCAGGAGACUGAAGAGCGACUCUCGUCUGAAAUCACGUCAGCUUCGCAGUGGCCGACGGACUCACGUCAGCACUUCCAAUCUCCGGUCGUCCUUGGCCUCCAUCAGCAGAGCACUGCUGGGCAAUUUUGAGGAGUCGAUACUGAAGGGGCGUUUCUCCCCGUCUGGGAGGAUUGAGGGCUUCACAGCAGAGAUCGGUGCCAGCGGCUCCUACUGCCCCCAGCACGCCACCUUACCUGUGCAGGUGACCUACUACGACACGGCUGAGCACAGCGCGCCCUCGCCCUUCCUGGGUGUGAUCUCCCUGGACCCCCUGGGAAAGAAAGGAUACAAUGUACCCAAAGCAGGGACCAUUCAAGUGACCUUAUUCAACCCCAAUAAGACUGUGGUGAAGAUGUUCCUGGUGACGUAUAAUUUCGGGGACAUGCCUGUCAAUCACAUGACCUUUCUACGCCAUCGAAUCUUCCUGGUGCCUGUGGAGGAAGUGGAGGGAUUGGGGGAGGGGCCAGGGAGCCCCACCCCUGACAGGAAAAAGAUUCUAUGCUACCUGAUGCACCUUAGAUUCCAGAGUUCCAAGUCUGGAAAGAUCUACCUGCACAGUGAGAUUCGCCUGCUCUUCUCUCGCAGGUCCAUCGAGGUGGACACAGGGAUCCCUUAUGAGUUGAAAUCUUUCACCGAGGUGCCAAGAAACCCCAAAUACUCACCACGAGUGUGAGUCUGGGACCCCCCCCCCUCCCCACCACACACAGCGCAAAUGUGUGGUGCAGAGAGGCCUGAUCGAAGCCAGACUUUAGGAGAACACAAUCCCACACACUCAAAAGAUCGAUCUCGCACACAGAGCACACAGCACACCCAAUCACACGCAGACGGACUCUCUAAAAGGAGGGUAGAAGAUGCAUGCCUUUUAAAGCAACUUUUCCUCUAGUGCCAUUACACGAGUUGUCCUUUACUCUGCCACACACGCAUGCCGCACACCGUCCGCCGGGCCCACUGGCCCAGUCAUUCAAUCAGGAGCGGCAAUAGACCCUUCUCGACAGUAGCAGACUGUUUGGACGCAUAGAAGCGUGGCGCUCAUGUCUGGAUGCCUUCCGUGAGGACUCUCCCGGGAUUGGCCACCGGUGCGUCGUCGCUGGGCCCUCCGGCAACAGCAGGGAUGAGUGUUCCGGAAAGAAAGCAACCAGCCGGACUGGAGACGCGGAUAGAGACGCUCCACCCGCCGUUGUCACCGUGCCAACGGCAGUAUGGGUCUCAGCAGAGAAAGGGAAGGAUACCAACGUUCUGACCACUUCUGUUCUCGGCAGGCUGUCCAGGGAGCAGCAGUGUGGAGAUGUGUUGCAGCCCUACUUACUGGCCAGCCUUUAGUACUGCAACCACGAUGACUUUGGCGUAGUAAAAGUAUUUGUUGGGAAGAUGCGUUUGCCACGGUGGGCUCUACGCACGGCCAGACGCACUGCUCUGGCUUUUCCUCCCAAGUGCUUUAAGUAGUCGGUUAGUUCCGGGCUUCACUUCACACUCCGCUUCCUGCUGCUGCUCUCCGUACCAAAGUAAGAGUACCCCACAGCCCGCUGCUCUCUGUAUCAAACGUGGGCACUCGCAAAGCGGAGGUCAGCUGCCCCCGACUCCAGGCUACCUAACACCGAACCAGCUAGCUCGCUAACCCCACCGGUCCCAGCUUCUGUAGUGUUGCCUCCCCUACAGGACACGAGCGGUAGCGUUUAAUUUAUGUUCGCAGAUGUCUUAAAAAAUAAAAAUAAAAAAUAAAAAUGGGCAAAAAGAACAGGGAAAAAAAAGCAAUAUGCUGCACAGCUGGAGGGAUGAUGUGAGGAGCAGGAAUUUUGAAAGGGAGGGUGGGAGGUUUUUGGGGUAUUUAAAAUAAGAAAAUGUGUGUGUGUGUAUAUAGAUAUAUAUAAAUAUAUAUAUUUUAAAGACAAAUAAACUCUGCGACUUGCGGGUGCAAUUUGAUGUCUGCUGUCUAAUUCGUGCUUGUAAGAGUUUUAGGUGAUGACACAUUUUCCGCUGGCAGGAGCUCCAGGUAUUCAAAGUCUUGAGAGUCGCACAUGCGACGCAGUGAGGUUUUCUCUCUCUCUCUCUGUGUGUGUGUACGUGUACUGAAUGGGUAGCUUCCCAGUCGGACUGUGUGUGCGCUAGCUGAGCCCAGUAUAAAGGUCUCACUGCUUUCUAAGUAAGCCUGCUUCUCUUUAUGCAUUAUCCAGUACUGAUGAGGAGUUAAAAAUGUGUCCCAUGGGGACUGUUAAAUAAUGCAGUUUGCUGGGUCUACACACACACACACACACAGGUCCUGCUCUGGUGCUCAUCUGUCCGUUAGAAGCAGGCGGUGGAGGGCAACACCCCGCAUUGAAUGGCUCGAGCUUUCCCCGUGACAGCCGUGUUGUGUCGACGCACUCGGGGCCAGGGCCGUCCCCAUAAGCCCUGACAGGCACACGAUGUAUAAUCCACACACGCGAAGGCAGGAAGUGACCUGAAUACAGGAGAUGCAUACUGACUCACCCAGUUAACAGCAAAUAUCAUUUAGCUCAUAUAACUUGUUAAAUUGCACUGUAAUAAGUGGUUGUUUCUUGGUGUGUGAAGCACAUUUUUAAACAAUUUUUUUCACUGCACACAUGCACUUUCUGUUCCAGGGGGAAUGUGAUGUAUAUUCUGGUUUGGUUUCUUCUUCGGUAGGGAGCAGAGAGGAAAAUGAGCACUGUGUGUAGUAUUGCUCCUGAGCUCUGCCUCUUGUACAUUACAGCUGGAAAGUAAAUGCCAUUAAAACCUGCAGCCAGGGAGCCAAUUUCACUCUUGCUCCUCAGGACAGCUGCUGGCCACGGUUCUGUCAGACUGACCUGAAAACAGCUCAUUUCAUUUCCCCUGAGCUUGUAUAAGGCCGGGGAGCAGCAUGAAGCACCAGUUUUUCUAGUCUGUCCACAUUUACCUCGACGCAUCUCUGGGCGCUCCGGGGCGCCCCCUCGUGGUUGUCUUGCAACAUUACGGUGCAGAUAACCACAAAGAGAGAUUAUGCAAUCUCAUGCUGUGAGCCGCCUAGGGCACUAGGAGUAAACAAAAUGGCUACGGACGAUAUCAUCCAUCCAUCCAUUCCUCUAUCCGUCUUCUCUCAGUCCUUCUACCCCUUUAGCAGUUCAUUCAGUGAGUGGGGGGAGUUUGCCCCCCCUGUGUACUCAAUGACCUCUGAGAGCGCUACUUCUGAGUAAUCAGAGCGAUCCCAAGUAAUUUCAUAAUAAUUAUGUAUAAAUAAAUUAAAAGGAGUGCU